UAUGCUGUUUUCGAUUAUUUUUAAUUGAAGCGAGUAUGAAAGUUUACUAUCCGGUGGCACUCUUCUAUUGGUAGUGAGCAACUAAACCAACCAUCCACGUAACCCAAACCUUUCAAUUUCUCUAUCCUCAAUAGAUAAGAAAAAAAUCUAAACAUUAUUUUUUUGAACUUUCAAUGGACAACAAAACAUAACAAACAUAUCCAAAAAAACAACAAUGGCCACCAUUUUCUCAUCACCACCACCCAUUUUCUCCUCCUCCUCCACCGCCACCACCACCACCACAACCACCACCAUAUCAAAACCACUCAUCUCUUUCAAACACCAACACCCAUUGCUAUCCACCACCUUAACAGCAGCCACAGCAGCAGCCAUAGCCACCAUUCUCACAACAUCCCCACCCUCCAUAGCAGCAGAAUCAUCACCUUCACCUCCCUACAAUCUCUACUACGGAACCGCCGCAAGCGCCUCAAACUACGGCGGAUACGGCGGCAACUCAAACAAGAAAGACUCAGCCGAAUACAUCUACGACGUUCCAGAAGGCUGGAAGGAGCGCUUGAUCUCGAAAGUCGAAAAGGGAACAAAUGGAACAGACAGUGAAUUCUAUAACCCAAAGAAGAAAACAGAGAAAGAGUAUUUAACUUACCUUUCUGGGUUUCGUCAGUUAGCACCAAAAGAUGCUGUUUUGAACAACUUGGCUCUUUCUGAUGUGAAUUUGCAGGAUAUUAUUGGUACUGCUGAUAAUGUGAGUUCUGAGGAAGUGAGAGAUGAAAAGGGUCAAGUUUAUUAUGUUUAUGAGAUUGAUGGUGUUGGUUAUCAUAGUUUGAUUUCUGUUACUUGUGCUAAUAACAAGCUUUAUGCUCAUUUUGUUAAUGCGCCUACUCCUGAGUGGAAUAGGGAUAAGGAUGUUCUUACUCAUGUUCAUAAGUCUUUUAAGACUGUUGGGUAAUUGUUAUGUUUUUGAUGUAUAGAUAUCAUGGUUGUUCAAUAAUGAAUAAUAUUCUAUCAUAUGAUGAUGAGGAUGAUGUUUUGUGACUAA